UUGCUGGCCCAUCGCGGGGCGUGAGCCGCGGGGGGCGAUUGGCGCCGUCGGGUCUGCAGGGGGUUGCAGUGCAGUGGAGUGCAGUACAGUAGGCUGAAGGCCAGCAAGCCUUGGGGUGCAACUCACCCCGGGGCGUAUCGAAGAACCUACGCUUGCGUUCACUAGUUUGUCAAUAGACGCCCCCAACGUUCCAUUGCGGUGGCCUGUCUUUGCGGCCCGAGUUAAAGGUCCUUUUUUAAACCUGCUACAAUUGUUAGGUUAUACCAUCAGAUCUUGGCUGUCACAGCACCUUGACUGAUUGUUUUUCUCAAGGCUGUUCAGGGUUCUGAAUCUUAGAGCAAUGGGGGACCAACCAGUUGUCUUUGUCACUGGUAAUGCCAAGAAGCUCGAAGAAGUGGCCCAAAUUCUUGGUCAGAAGUUUCCUCACAAGCUGGUUUCCAAGAAGCUGGAUUUGCCAGAGUAUCAAGGAGAUGUUGACUUCAUUUGUAAACAGAAGGCGAAGGCAGCAGCUAAAAUCGUAAAUGGACCAGCUCUUGUAGAAGAUUCAUGCCUGUGCUUCAAUGCAAUGGGUGGCCUACCAGGUUGUGUUCCACGCAAACCACAUCCAUCGGUGCAGCGGGAAACUAUCAUCUGCAACCUCCCACUCCUCUUUGCUGAAGGACAUCCAACAUGUUUGGAAGAAAUCACGGAGACGCAGUUGGAACGGUUCAUUCCUUUUAUGGUCCAGUGUAGCAUUGGUGCUAAACCAGGAAGAGCACCAGCAUGGUGGCCUGUAGGAUUCCCAUUCACCUUUCCUCUACGAAAAGUGCCAGCUGUUGCAGACCGAUGGAAACCGUGGCUCAAGACUUUAGUUUGCAGGUGCUAUUCAUACCAUGGUGCUGAAUACAUGCUACGGUUUUGCACACGUCUUUAUUCAAUGUGGCCAAACCACAUAAGAAUCCGAGAUACUCAAGAAGGACUAGUGAGCUUAUUUCAUCUGGCCAGUAGGAAGCACAUUAUCACAAUGAGAAAAAUUAAUCAGGUUUAUGAUCAGGCUCCUCUUAGCCCUCGCAAAACUUUAUUGCCAAAAAGAACUUUGGUAGAUCGUCAGCAGCAGCAAAUGGAUAUAUACUUGUGCAGUUGGUGUGACCAAGAGUUCUCCUCCUGUAUGGAUGUAAGAAUCCAUGAAAAGCAUCAUAUUGGUAAUAAUGUCACUAGUUGGCAAAGUCAAGAGCAGGUUAUGCAAUACUUAGGAUUGCAGCCCACUAGAGGCCCAAGAAUUAUACAUAAUUCUACUCAGAAUCGUCAAAGACGAGCAGCUUCAAAACAAUGCAUGAGGAGAAAUUGUUCUGUACCUUUAUCCUCUCCUCUUGGCUCUUUGCUUCUUAAAAAUACUGUCCGUGGCAUGAUUGACAACCCUAGUGAGAGCAUAGAACACAUGGAGAAACACUGUAAAGUCAGAGAGAGAUACCACACUAGUUCAUCACGGUUUCCACGUCGACAUUGUGGUAUGGCAAGUUGGGAUCAGGAUGAUUCUAGUACAAACUCAAGAUCCUCAAGUCCAUCAGAUAGUGGCUGGUCUCACAUGUACUGUUUCAAUAAGCAACAACGCAGAGAGAAGGUUGCAUUAUUGAACACUGGCCUGAAUGCUUCUUCAAGGCGCUCCUUGAAGUUGUGUCGACCCGUCAGAGUUGUGGUUGAAAGAUCCGAAAACUGAAGUUCCAGUGGCUGUCACUUGCAUCCACCCUCUCUGUGUGUAUUCUUUUUCCCAAUGAAAUUUGAGUGGAAAGUAGAGUUUGGUUCCUAGCUUGUUCAGUCAGAUUUUUCUUUCAGCAUUGAGUUAAAUUAAAUUUUGUCUUUUUGAGGUAAUCUUGCAUGUUAACCUUCAAUCUUUGUCUAUUUAAAGGUCAAAUCAUGAUUUUAAGAGGCCAAGUUUUGUUUCCUAUGAAAGUGAAAAUAGGAUAUUUUCUGUUCUUGUUAAUUACCAUGUCCUUGCUGGUAUUUGUUUUUGAUGUAACUUGUAGAAUUAUUAUCAAUUAAUUAAAUGUAAAUAAGAUACCAUGACGUCAAAUCAGUUUACAAGAUGCACCUGUCAUGCUAGAUUUAUCAUUUAUAUCAUACUUAUUUUGAUUGUACUGUAUGUAUAAUAAUUAUUUUUAUCUGAUCUUAUUUGUAGAUUUAUUUUAUUUGUUCUUUUGGUGGCUGUGAUGUUCCACCUGUUAAUAUUGCUUUUGGCACCCUUAUUAUGAUCCUGAAUUGAAACAAUGUGAUGGUGUGAUAGUAGGUAGAAUAUUGCUGAUGUGUGAGAGUGAGGAUGGAAAGGAAGCGCACAUUUAUAAUGUGAUUUCAAUACACACCACAAAAGAGAGUAUUUAUUUGAGCCCCAGACUCAAAA